CGCACCAAAAGACCUGUCGGUAAUCCCAGUGAUAUACCGGAUGGAUACUUGAACCUAUGAGACGGCCUAGUAGCCGUGGCGACUCUUCAGAAGGAAAACUCGCUGAACCCGACAAAGCGAUUCUUGAUCUCGAAUCACAAAAAGUGGAUGAGACGAUGCAGGAAGUUAAAAUAGAAAUAAGGCAAAGAGAAAAGAACAGAACAAAUGAGAUAUUCCCAACUACUCGAAAGAUUUGGAAGUCCAUCUAUUCAUGGGGACCAGGAAGUCCAAGAGCAGAUGACCGACGUUGAUGAGGAAACCCCUGACCGUGAUGUCGGGGAUCCUAUGUUCUAUGUUUGCAAUUCUUUGUAUGAUUCUGCGCAGUUCUAAGGAAGAAGGAGGAAAGGCUCGAGUCUAGCCCCGACAGAGUACGAUCAGAUAGUAUGAUCGGUUUUCCUCUUUCAUUUCAUUCACAUCGAAACCUAAAAGGUUCGGAUUCGUCCGUGAACAUCACCUCUGUGCUUGUAGUCAAUACCAUACAAAAUACCUCUUUCUCAGAUAAAGACAUCUAUACUAUUUAAAUUCUUUGGAAGCUACGAUAACGUAAAUAAGCUAUAUAGAUGAGAG